UUUUCCACGUCAGUUCAAGGCCAGGUUGCAGUUUAAAAGACGGAGAGAAGCUUUGGGUCAUUGUAGAGAAGUUUGGACGCAAUACAAACAUGCUCAGGUUUUUGGUGUUGACAAGCCUUGCAGCCCUGGUGCUGGCUGAGCUGAAGCCUGAGCCCAGGUACAUUGAGGAUGUUGCUGUGAGAGUUGUUGGAGGUGAGGUGGCCAGUCCUAACUCCUGGCCCUGGCAGAUCUCUCUUCAGUACCUGUCUGGCAGCAGUUACUACCACACAUGCGGAGGAAGCUUGAUUCAGAGAGGCUGGGUUAUGACUGCUGCUCACUGUGUGGACAGCUCCAGGACAUGGCGUGUUAUUCUUGGUGAACAUGAUCUUAACGUCAACAGUGGCAGAGAGCAGGUCAUCGGUGUCAGCCGUGUUUAUAUCCACCCUCAAUGGAAUUCUAAUAGUGUUGCUAGUGGCUACGACAUUGCUCUCCUGCGUCUGUCCUCUGAUGCUACUCUUAAUACCUACGUCCAGCUGGCCUCUCUGCCUCCUUCAGGCCAGAUUCUGCCCCACAACAACCCCUGCUACAUCACUGGAUGGGGACGCACUUCCACUGGUGGUAGCCUCUCUGCUCAGCUCAAGCAGGCCUAUCUUCCUGUGGUGGACCACAGCACCUGCUCCAGCAGUGGCUGGUGGGGCAGCACCGUGAAGACUACUAUGGUGUGUGGAGGUGGUGGUGCAGAGGCUGGAUGCAACGGCGACUCUGGUGGCCCUCUGAACUGCCAGGUUAGUGGCAAAUACUAUGUGCACGGUAUUGCCAGCUUUGUGUCAGGAUUGGGAUGCAACGCUCCCAAGAAGCCCACUGUGUUCACCCGUGUGUCUGCCUACAUUGACUGGAUGAACUCGAUCUUGUAAUAAGUGCAAGAGUCUUCUGGGUUGCAUCCUGCAAAGUCAAAGACCAUAUUUACCCCAGUUUGCAUGUUUGCUAGUCACGUUCUACAAAAAUAAACUUAGUCAAACUUUA